AUGACUACUGGAAUUUCAAACUUCGGUUCAAAGGUAGGUGGGCUUAGACUUAUGCCAAGCAUUCAAAUUUCCAGAGCAGCAACAAAAACACCAAAAUUGUCCCAUGGCUACAAGAAUCAAAUCUCAUGCUCAAUUGCUCAACCAGAAACAUUGGAAGUUGUCCAAAGCACAAUUGCCAAACAGCUAUCUAUUGAUGAAAGUACAGUGACACCUCAGACUAAAUUUGCUGAUUUGGGUGCUGAUUCCCUUGACACUGUGGAAAUAAUGAUGGCAUUAGAAGAGAAAUUUGGAGUGUCAAUUGGAGAAGAGGGAGCUCAAAAUAUUGCUACUGUCCAAGAUGCUGCUGAUCUCAUUCAGAAAGUGAAGGAAGUUGAAAUUUGA